AUGUUUACGCAAGCUAGCAGUCCGAUUCUCUUCUUGUUCACCAUCAUGCUUCGCCUCUAUCUAACCAUCGUACUUCAAAUUCUCAUGUGGGUGCUCAUAUCAUGUCAUCUGGAUUCCCGCACAUGGGACGUUGCUUUGGGAUGGUCAAAAAUGGGAUUCCAUUACAAUGUCAACAUUGAGGUAUCACUCAAUGGACGUGUGCGACCGGUACAACCAAUUUGGACCGUUGAGUGCUCUGCUCAAAGUGGUCCCGUGACGCUCAGCCGAUCUCGCCUGUCAUCCCGCGAACAUGCAAGCAAAGGUGGUAUCGUGCUAUCGCGGCACAAGAGAUCAACUGGCGAUCUAUGCCGGCUGAUUAGAUUUGCACCAGUCGAUAAACGCGGCAUACGUGUAAAUAGGCCCACAAAUUUGACGAUGCAUAUCAAAAGUNCAUUGUGGAUCAAUUGUGGACUUUCUAUGGUAUCAAAGAUUGCAGCCUGCAAUCUCAGCUUCAUCCAGAUCGAGAUCGGGGACGACUUGCCAAUCAAGCUGACCGAAGUCAAAGCAAUUGGCCAAUUCAACGGUAGUACAGUUAAUGAAUUGCAAUUUACCAUGGACAAAAUUGCGAUGAAAAACGCACAAAAUGAUGAGCUAGGAGGCCCGAUCAAUAUAACGAUUUCCGUUAGAUUGGCGGACGCUGCGAAGGAAGGAGAUAAGAAAGUUUUAACGGUAAAUUAUGGAACAAAGGAAAAAUACUGCUUUGAACAUUUCUCAAUGCCCAUCAACCCGGAAACAGAUUUUAAAGCCCUACUGGAUACGAAGAUAUACACAGAAACAGUGUCUAUCUACCCGAAAGACACAGUUCGAUUUGUGCUGAUUGUGGGGCAAAAUCAGGAGUCGCAGUUGGAGUGCAAGUCAGUGAAAAUCACUCUGCACCACAACAUGUGGAUCAAAGCUGCAACUAUCUUCAGUUAUGACAAUCAGAUUCCCCUAAAUAUCACACAGCCAUAUCGAUUGACCGAGGUGCUGGUAAGUAGUGAAUAUAUUGAUUUGCUCGCACCAAUAUUUGUACGCACCAUGCCAUGGCAAUAA